GCGCGUUGCAUCAGUGUCGGAAACGAUCCCCAUGGCUUCAAACGAGACGGCUGUUGCCGCGAUCUCCAAGGAUGUGGCGGCGCUGCGAGCGUCCUUUGGCGCAGACAGGACCCGUCCCUUGAAGUUUCGCAAGCGGCAGCUCCAAUUUUUGCGCCAGAUGCUGGUAGACCACGAAGCAACACUGUCAAAUUCUUUGCAAACUGACAUGCGCAAAGACCCCCAUGACGUGUACCUGUUUGAAAUCGGUCCAAUUCUGUAUGAAAUCCAACUCCACAUGGACUACCUUGACGACUGGGCUGCGUCGCGUUCUGUUGCGGUCAACGCACCAUGCCUCCCCGGGCAGUCGUGGGUGGUUCCUGAACCUCUCGGUGUUGUGCUUAUCUUCGGCACGUGGAACUACCCUCUGAAUGUGACACUGCUGCCCCUUGUCGGCGCCAUUAGUGCGGGCAAUUGCGUGUUCAUCCGCCUUCCAGCUGAAGGCAGUACAGAUGCCACGAACGCCUUGUUGGCAAGACUCCUCGCUGUCUACAUGGACCCUGACGUCGUGCGAUUCGCGUCUGGCGGAUUGGAUGUGUCCAAGGAGACUUUGGCGCAACGGUACGAUCUCAUUUUUUGCACUGGCAGCGAACGCAUUGGGAAGAUCAUCGCGCGGGCGGCGGCGGAAACGCUCACCCCUGUCGUUCUCGAGCUCGGUGGCAAGUCCCCGACCAUUGUUGAUGCCACCGUCAACCUUGAGCUGGCCGCGAAGCGCAUUGCUUGGGGUGCUUUCUCCAACGCGGGUCAGACGUGCGUCCGCCCGGACCACGUGUUUGUCGAGUCCUCGAUCGGGGAUGCCUUCGUCGCAGCGCUCAAGGUCGAAACAGCAGCGCUAUACGGCGCGAAUGCGAAAGACAGCCGCGAAUAUGCGAGGCUUGGAAACGCGCUGCACUUUGACAAGAUCAAACGGAUCGUGGACCAAGACGCUGCGUUUGUCGUGCAUGGUGGGUCGACCGAUGCCACGGACCGAUACAUCGCCCCAACGAUCGUCAACUUCAAGUCGAACACGGCGGCAUUUGACGCGAGUGCCGCGAUGGCGGACGAGAUCUUUGGUCCUGUCUUGCCGGUAGUGUACUACGACUCGUUGUCGACGGUCGUGGCUCGAAUCAAGCGCUCCCCAAAGCCCCUCGCGCUGUACUUGUUCACGACCAACAAGUCUGUCAUGGACUCGGUCGUCCAGCGCACGUCGUCUGGCGGUGUGUGCAUCAACGACACCAUGCUCCAGAUCGGAAACUUCAACUUGCCAUUUGGAGGCGUCGGCGCGUCGGGCAUGGGACGGUACCAUGGCAAGUACUCGUUCGACACGUUUUCGCACGAGAAGGCAGUCAUGCGAAAGUCCUUUUGGCUCGAUUUACCACAGCGCUACCCACCUUUCACGUCGUCCGCGGUCAAGUUCGUCCGGUUAGUGAUGACCCCAGUGCCCCGCUCGCUUCUUCGCCUGUCGUGGUGGGUGGCUGUGGUGCUCGUCCUUUUGUGGACCGCGCAACAGCCCAAAGCGCAGAGGGCGCUCGCUGCUUUGAUGUCGUAGGUUCGCGAUGCCUCGGCCAAUGACCCCCCCCCUCCAUUUUCUCCUUUCUCUCUUGCCGGUAUUGAUUGAAUCAUGGUGUUCCAAUUCGUAUUGCGAUCCGAAUUCCAUCGGAUGCGACUUUAUCUCCCAACCCACCCCGCAGCCUUACAAACACGACGCCUGCACCACUGCGCCAAUGCGCGAUUCGAGUCGACGCAUGCCUCGUUCGUUCAUUACACGUUGGGAAAGCCCCCCGUGCGAAAUCGUUUUGCUCGGAUGCUAUUCACCAGGAAUCCAAACUUGUGUGCUUUGUCCUGUUUGGUCCAGUUCAGCACAAGGCAAGGCGGCGAGGGCAUGCCGUAGAAGCUAUACGCUUGAGAGAGUUGCUCGCGGAAUCGAUACCAGUUUGCGACGGGCCGCCGGUCGCGACGUCCUUGGCCAUGGAAGCCGCCCGACAUUUUCUACUUGAGAGAGGAAAGGGCCAACUUGAAGGCAGCAGCACCACGAAUUAUCCAAAUAGCAUGCUGAAGUCUGCAAACCCCGAGUCAUCGCACUUUUCCAUGGCCGGUUUGGUGUCGGCCUUGUUUUGUAGCUUGCGAUGGCGGCGGUACCAAGACCCUUCGACGGAGGUAGGCACGGGGGCAGCGGCGUCCAACCGCGCCUUGAGUUCCUUCGUGAUGGCCCACAGGACGUCGUGGGUCUGGGCGAGCCCGAUCUGCUCGCGCAAGUCAGUGUGUACUUUGAGUUCCUGGAACAAGAUCUUGAACAAGUGCGCGCGAAGGAACUUCUCGGGCGGUGGAAAUGUCUUGGCGAGUUGCAAGUACUCGAUCGCGACGUCAAUCUGUAGCGCCGACGUCAGGACGACGUCACGGUUGCAGCAAGAACGGAAUCGCGAUGUACCUGCCGGAUGGGCACACCGUGUUUGUCGCGGUCGUUCGCAAACAAUGCCGGUCGUUCCAGGAUCCCUUCCGACGACAUGACGCCAUUGACGCCAGUCUCGAGCAUGCAUCGCACGACGUCGUCGUCGGUUUCAAUGCCGCCGUUGGCAAACACUGGGAUCGGCAGCGCUUUCUUGAGUCGAGCAAUCGAGUCCCAAUCGCACUCCCGAACGAGCUACACAUACAUGAACGUAGCAUCGUGAGCGGUAACAACGACGAAUGGCCUCGUGGCGAUGGCUGAUGGCGCCUCGAGGCAUGACCAUGC